GGCUGAUUUUGUUGCUCAACCUGAUUAUAGGACCUGGAUAGGACCUACAUGAAAACCAGCUGGAAGUGAUGUGGCUUCCUUUCUAAAAGUUGGAAUUUAUUACUAUUACACAGCAUUUUCUGUGAACAGUAAAAGUUUGUAGCUUGCAGUUAUUCAUCCUAGCCUUACACUAAACUUGUUUUAAGAAUCUGAACUGUGAUAACAAUACAUAAGGAACUAGUUUAGGAUUUGAGGAGAGUUAAGGUUAGACCAUUAUAUUUUUGAAGGGAACUGGGUGAUUUUUCUGACCUAGAAUCCUUUUUUUCAGGAUCAAGUUGAGCACAUUUUUUUUUCAAUUUGUUCAACAUGGGUCUUUCUGGCUCACUUUGCACAAUUUAAUUUUUUGUCUCGUUCCAAUUCGUUUUGGCAAUUGCUAACCCCCAGGCAAUUGCCUGGCCAACCCCCAAACCCGAAAUUAAAAAUAUAAAUGGUCUCUUACAUUACACACCCUUGACACACCCCACUACCAACCUCCAGAAAAAUGCCCAUGCAUGCCUUGCGUGCAUUAUCGUUCCCAGAACUCUUCGCAAGGUUGGUUUUUGGCGGUCAACCUGUUGUUUUGCUGCUAGAAUGGCGUUCGCUCGCAUUUUGUCCGUUAUAGUUCGGGAAAAGCUCCCAUUUCAACAGCUAAACUUAAGUUUGAAUCGGGCCGUUGUAGCGUGUGGAUUUGCCACUCGCAAACAAAAGCCAACGAAGAUUAAGCGUCCUCCCACUGCUUUUCAGAUGUUUGCUAGUGCAAACCGCGCACGCCUUGCCGCAGAAAAUCCUCACAAAUCACCGCGAGAAAUCCAAAGCGCUCUGUCCCACGAGUGGAAAGAAAUGUCAGAAGACGGAAAGAGCCCUUACAAGAAGGCGUACGCGGAAAAAAUGGAGAUUUAUAAUGCUCCUCUGAAGAAGUUACCGAAGAAACCUCCGACAAAGUAUACUUUGUUUCUCCAGGAGAACUAUGCCAGGGUCCAAGCCCAGUUAAGUCCUGGAUCAGGGGGUCCUGCUGUUAUGUCAGAGUUGGCCAAAGAAUGGAACAGCCUUUCAAACGAGGAGAAGGAUCAAUUAGAACAGAAAUGUGCCAAGAUGAAGGAAGACUACAAGCUGCAAGUUAUAGAAUUUGGAAAAGGAUUGACCGAUCAGGAGCUUUCCUUCCUCAAGGAGAAACGAGGCCAAAAGAUGCAAAAGCUCGCUAAAGAAAUGCGACAGCUUUUGGGGUAUCCUAAAAGACCGAUAUCUUCUUAUUUUCGUUUUACGCAAGAGAACCUUGGGGAAUUGGAAAAUGAACCCCUGGUUGAGCGCGUGAAAGUUCUGGGACAGAAAUGGAGGGAGAUGACCGAUGACGAGAAGGAGGUGUACAAGGAGGAAAGCCGAAAAGAACACGAAAAAUACAAGAAGGAUGUGGCAGAGUGGAAACAAAAGCACCCGAAAGCUUUACAAAUGGCACUUUCAAAGUAAAAAAGAUACUAAAUACUUUGAAAUUGAGUUUUCCUGCCUCCUCCUGAAAAAAAA